GGUAAACCCUUAAUUUAUUUUCUCAAUAUUCAAAAUUGCCCUUUCAAAAUGCCUUCAAUUCCAGAAGAGCCAGUACUGGCCGCAAACACAGACCGGUUCUGUAUGUUCCCCAUCCAAUACCCACAAGUAUGGGAAAUGUACAAGAAAGCCGAAGCGUCGUUUUGGACCGCCGAGGAGGUCGAUCUGUCAUCCGAUCUCCGUCACUGGGAAACACUCACCGCCGAUGAGCGCCACUUCAUCACUCAUGUUCUUGCCUUUUUCGCCGCCUCCGACGGAAUCGUCCUUGAAAACCUCGCCGUUCGGUUUAUGAAAGAGGUCCAAAUCUCCGAGGCGCGGGCUUUCUACGGUUUCCAAAUCGCUAUUGAGAAUAUACACUCUGAGAUGUACAGUCUCCUUUUGGAGACCUACAUCAAGGACUCCGAUGAAAAGAGCCGACUCUUCCGCGCCAUUGAAACGGUGCCGUGUGUGGCUAAAAAGGCCGAGUGGGCCAUGAAAUGGAUCAACGGAGGAGAAACUUUCGCCGAGCGGUUGAUCGCCUUUGCUUGCGUCGAGGGGAUCUUUUUCUCCGGAAGUUUCUGCGCCAUAUUCUGGUUGAAAAAGCGCGGUUUAAUGCCCGGAUUAACUUUCUCAAACGAGUUAAUAUCGCGAGACGAGGGUCUCCACUGUGAUUUCGCUUGCUUGUUGUACGAUCUACUCCGGUCUAAGCUCAGUGAAGAGCGCGUGAAAGGGAUAAUAAAAGAGGCCGUGUAUAUAGAGAGGGAGUUCGUGUGCGACGCUCUGCCCUGCGCAUUGGUUGGUAUGAACGGCGAUUUAAUGAGUCAGUACAUCGAGUUCGUAGCGGAUCGGCUGCUGGGCGCGUUGGGGUACGGGAAGAUGUACAAUGUUGCAAAUCCAUUUGAUUGGAUGGAACUGAUUUCGUUGCAGGGGAAAACUAAUUUCUUCGAGAAGAGAGUGGGUGAGUAUCAGAAAGCUUCGGUCAUGUCGAGUUUGAACGGUAAUGGCGGCACCCAUGAGUUCAAGAUGGAUGAAGAUUUUUAGGGUUUCAAUUUAUUAUAUUAUAUUAUAUUUUUAUUUAAUGUCCCUUUCUGAUAA